GUGGCCUGGCGGUGACAUCCAAGACCUGCAGGAGCCUGGGCGUUUCCUGGCACGCGGGUCCAGGCAGGACUCAACGCUUCAGGCUGCAGCUGUGGGGUCCAAAUCCCGCCGUUCUGCUGAAGAAUGAAACAUUGGAGAGCACCACCACACGUCACAACGCUCAUGAACUUGAUUCCAGGCCGGUUGUACAAUGUUACCAUGGUGACCGAGGCUGGCGGUCUGCAGAACAGCAGGACAAUCGAAGCACGGACAGCGCCCUCUGCUGUUUCAAACCUCACCGUGGACUACAACAACAGCACCAGCAACCGUUUGCUGUUGUCGUGGCAACAGCCUGAAGGUGACCUGGACUCAUUCACCAUCAGGCUGUGGUCCAGUGAGACUAUCCGUGGGGAGUUCAAUCUUUCGGCAGACACCACACAGAUCAGCCUCGAUCAGCUGACCCCAGGCUCGGCCUAUCAGGUCACAGUGACAUCGAGGAGCGGCGAACUGAAGAACCAAUCAGAACUGACCGUCAGGACAGCUCCGGCAGCUGUCUCCGCCCUCUCCUUGUCUCCAUCCUCUGACAGCCUCUACUGACUUGGAUGCCUCCUGAUGGCCACUGGGAGAACUACAGGCUGCUCCUGUUUGAUGGUGUCCAGCAGUUAGCCAACGUCACACUGGAUCAGGACGCGGUUAACUUCACCUUCCCGGCAACGCAGCUAACCCCUGGAAAGCUUUACAGAGCUGUGCUGAGGGUGGAGAGUGGAGGACUGAGUACAGAAGUAGCUGCGAGGGAUCAACAGUUCCUGCUCCGCUCCGUCUUAAACCUCCACAUUCGCCACUCAGACGAGACCUCUCUGAGCGCCAUGUGGAGCCAUGCCCCUUUGGGUUUACGUGAUGGUUACUUCUUGACCAUUCGCCAUGGAAGUUACCAGGAUACCAGGGAGGUGGAUCCAAACAUGAGGGAGUGUACAUUCAACGUGCUCACACCUGGGAGACCUUACAUCAUCAACGUGGCAACCAGGAGUGGUCAACUGAACACUUCAGUGUCUGUAAAGGGCCGAACAGUGCCCCUGGCGUUGCGUAGCCUCAGUCUGAGUAGUUCUUCAUCCGACAGCCUCCAGGCAUCAUGGGAAAAGCCUCCAGGGGACAUGGACUCGUACACCCUGAUCCUGCUGCAGGACAGCGUCAUGAUCCAGAACUACAGUGUUCCAGUUGGUUCUUCUUCACUGCUGCUGUCUGGUUUAACACCUGGCGCCCUCUACAGGCUGCAAGCAGCCACUGUUAGUGGUGGCGUGGUUUCUAUGACCACCAGUGUGGACGCACGCACCAGUGAGGCACUCUGA